CCUCUGCAGCACUGACUCUCUUUUUGGCACUUUUCACACUGCAUUAACAGCGCAGCUCUGUGGAUUGGGGGUAGAGCUGUUCAUCUGAACAAUACAAAUGGAUCAAAAGACGAUGAUGAGGACACUGCAGCUCAUAGCUCUGCCUGUGCCACGUGCUCAGAUCCCCUCUCUGAGUCCUGGUCCCGGUCUGGACCAGGAAAUCCCAGAGACUCCACAGAUUAAAGAGGAGCCAGAAGAAUGGAGCAUCAAACAGGAGGAAGAGCCACUGCCAGAGUCUGUCCCUGAUUACAUCGCCGUCUGUGUGAAGACCGAAGAGGAAGAAGAGGACACACCAGGAGAGGACAUCAGCUCAGAGACACAUGUUGACAGAGGGGACACACAGGGAGAGGACAUCAGCUCAGAGACACAUGUCCACAGAGGGAACACAGAGGGAGAGGACAUCAACUCAGAGACAUUUGUCCACCCAGAGACUGAGGAAAACAUGGAGCACUCUUCUGACUCUGACAAUGAUGAAGACUGGAGACAGAAGGCGACAGAUGCUGAUGAAGGCUACUACAACCAAGUCCAGAUCAGAGCCAGAGCUGUACAAAACUAUUUAUCUAUAUAUUUAUGCCCCACAUACAAGUCUGCAGCAGAGAGCAGUGCCACUGUGAACAAUGGAGGCAUGUCAAGAACAGCUGAAGGAACUGAGAGAACGAAACUGCCAUGCCCUUUUUGUAAAAAGAGGUAUCUAUCUAAACAGGAUUUACUAAGACACAUUAGAGUCCACACAGGAGAGAACUUACUCAGCUGUUCGAUCUGCGAGAAAACAUUCACCAAAAAGAUUAGCCUUACAGUACAUAUGAAGACACACACAGGUGAAAAACCUUUCAGCUGUUCAGUCUGUAUGAAAGCAUUUUCAGAAAAGAGUAACCUCGCUGCACACAUGAGAACGCAUCUGGGAGAGAAACCUUACAGCUGUUCAAUCUGUCAGAAAACAUUUACCCGGAAAAGUAGUCUUGCAGUACACACUAGAACACACACAGGAGACAAACCUUACAGUUGUUCAAUCUGCGAAAAAACAUUCAUCAAGAACAGCAAUCUCGCCGUACACAUGAGAACACACACAGGAGACAAACCGUACAGCUGCUCAAUCUGCAAUAAACUAUUUGCCAACAAUGGUAAUCUGACAGCACACAUGGGAAUGCAUAGAGGAGAUAAACCUUUCAGCUGUUCAAUCUGUAAUAAAACAUUCACCCGAAAUAACAGCCUUGAAGUACACAUGAGAACCCACACAGGCGAAAAACCUUACAGCUGUUCAGUCUGUGCAAAAACAUUCUCCAGAAAGGGUAAUCUUGCUGUACACAUGGGAACGCACAGAGAGGAGAAACCAUGCAGCCGUUCGGACUGUUCAGAAGAUUUAACACAUUCAUCAUGUCACAAAUGUUCUAACAGGACAGAGACUGGUGAGAGAAUUUUUAGUUGUUCAGUCUGUAACGCAGAGUUUACGUGGAGCUCGCAUCUGAAGAGUCACAUGAGAUGUCACACUGGGGAAAAACCUUACAGCUGUUCGAUUUGUAAUGCGCAGUUUGCUUGGAGCUCCAAUUUGAAAAGACAUAUGGGAAGUCACUCAGGAGGAGAGAAAAAGGAUGAACAAUCAAAUCACACCCAUUCAUCAAAAAGGCACAUUGAUAAGAAAUAA